UUCAACAGUCCACAGCCAGACACAGGAACUUAAGCAGAGGGAUCAGGUUACAAGAACAACAAAAGCACCGCUUAGGGAAUGUUGUCUUGACUUGUUUUUUUUCUCACUUUCUGAUUUUAAAUCUGUGUUUGACACAGUGAGGUGUGUGGACACACGAAACGAGAACAAUGUGGAAGGCAGCAGCGUUAAUGUUGGUGCUUCUACACACAGAUAUACAGGUGAUUGGUGAUUUGGAUAAGACUGAGACAGAAACGUCUAAGCUAGAGAACCAGCAGCAGACAGACGGCAUUUUCCCAAGUCAUGCUGCCUCCUCUGCAUACUCGGGUAAGCUGCUAGUUGUACCCAUGGAUGGGAGCCACUGGGUAACCGUGAAGGCCAUUGCCCAAGAAAUGGGUCGCCGUGGACACCGGGUGACCGUGGUUAUACCAGAGGUCAGCAUACGGAUGGGUCCGGGGAAACACUACGACACUGUGACUCAUCCCGUUCCCUACGACAAGGCUCACGUUGAUUCUGUGAUGUCCAUGAACAAAGAGAUGAUUCAAAAAUCUGCAGAGCCUUUCCUGGAGAAGAUGAAGAAAGGAUUCUCAAGACUCCAGAAUGUGGUAGGAAUCAUCCACACCACAGCAGAAAGUCUACUGUUCAAUGACAGCCUCAUCUCACAUCUGGAACAGCAGGGCUUCGACGCCAUGUUGACAGACCCCAUGGUCCCCACAGGCGCUCUGAUGGCUCGGAAAUUUGGUAUCCCCACUGUUAAUGUCCUGAGAGGAAUUCCAUGUUCCUUGGAUAUAAAAUCUUCUGGCUGCCCCGCCCCACCUUCAUAUGUGCCACGCUUUUUGACUGGACAUACCGAUACAAUGAACUUUAAGCAGAGAGUUGUCAACACUUUGGUAGCUUUGUGGGAGCCGCUGUUCUGCCGAUUGCUGUUCUGGCAUUUUGACAAAAUAGCCUAUGAGUUCCUAGGAGAGGAGGUGGGCGUUGCCGAGGUGCUGUCAGACGCUGAUAUCUGGCUUAUGAGGUUGGACUUCACACUGGAGUUCCCACGUCCUCUCAUGCCAAAUGUAAUACUAGUUGGUGGCAUCAACUGCAAUGUGAGAGCUCCUCUCCCUGAGGAUUUGGAAUCCUGGGUGUCAGGGGAGCACGGGUUUGUGGUGUUCACUCUGGGCACCAUGAUAUCAGAUCUCCCAGAAGAAAUUGCAUCUAUCUUCUUAGAGGCUUUCAGGCAGAUUCCACAAAAAGUGAUAUGGAGAUAUACAGGUCAGGUUCCUGACAACGUCCCAGGAAACGUGAAGAUAAUGAGCUGGGUGCCUCAGAAUGAUCUGCUCGCACAUUCUGGAGCCCGGGCUUUCAUCACGCACGCUGGAUCACACGGUCUCUACGAGGGACUGUGUCACGCUGUUCCCAUGGUGAUGCUGCCGAUAGGCGGGGACCAACCUGACAACGCUAAGAGAAUGGCGAGCAGGGGAGUGGGAGUCGAGUUGGAUAUUUCUUCUAUCACUGCAGAAACUCUGCUUCAGGCACUGAAUGAGGUCAUAAAUGACAUCAGGUAUAGAGAAAAUAUACAGAAGCUGUCAGCUCUCCAUAAAGACCGGCCGACUGAGCCUCUCGACCUGGCGGUGUACUGGACAGAAUAUGUGAUGCGGCACAAAGGGGCGAAACAUCUUAAAUCAGCCGGCCAGAAGCUCAACUGGAUCCAGUACUUUUGCCUGGAUGUUAUAUUGCUUCUAGUUACUGUAGCUCUAGUUUUAGGAAUACUGACGGUAAAAUGCAUGAAACUGUGCUACCGGAAACUGAGCAGGAAAACGAAACUGGACUAAAUGUUCACGGUUUAAAGGUGGGAGAGUGUGUGAGAAGAAUAAGUGAAGUCAUGUGGGGACCAAAUAGACAUUUAAUAAAGAAAACAGAAUAUUAACACACUCCAGUUUGGUCGGGUUUUGAGGGACUACGAUGAGCAUUAGUGUCCACCCUUCUUUGGUGGGAACAGGGCGUACUCUACAGCCAGAGCCACGGUAAAGGCAGCGAAGCCCCACUUGAAUCCUUUCAGCAGCACCUCUGAAAAAGUCACAGCACGAGCGAAGCCGCCAGAGUAUCUCCACGCCUCGUUACUGCAGAGAGAGGGGAGAACGACAGGGAGCAAUGUCAGGAAUCGUACUGGGUACACGACAACGUCACGUUUACCUCAUGCAGGUAAAAGUACUAACCGUGCCCACGGGUCCUUGAGGCCCCUGGCCGCCAGCCUCUCCUUUGUGAACUCCAGGGGUGUUCCCUCCACCUUCCACUGCCGCCAAUCUGGCAGGGACAUUUUGCUGGGGCCGUGGUCACCUCCCAUUCUGAAACACAAACACAACAGCAAUUUGUCAGUGGUUUUAAUUAAAAAUAAGCCCUUGGAUUUUCA